AUGGCGUCGGUGGUGAAGAACGUUCUCAAAUCGAUCAGAGAAAAGGGUUUCGGCACUUUCCUCAGAGAGCUCAAAGAUGAAGGCUACCUGAGAUGCCUUCCGGAUGGAAAUCUUCUGCAAACCAAGAUCCACAAUAUUGGGGCAACACUUGUUGGUGUUGAUAAAUUCGGCAACAAGUAUUAUGAGAAGCUUGGAGACACACAGUAUGGUAGACACAGGUGGGUUGAAUAUGCAGAGAAAACUAGGUAUAAUGCCUCCCAGGUUCCACCUGAAUGGCAUGGCUGGCUCCACUUCAUUACUGAUCACACAGGAGAUGAGCUUCUUCUACUGAAACCGAAAAGGUACGGUGUUGAACACAAGGAAAAUUUGUCUGGAGAAGGUGAACAGUAUAUCUAUCAUUCCAAAGGACAUGCCCUUAAUCCAGGGCAGAGAGACUGGACCAGGUACCAACCAUGGGAGUCCAAGGCAUGA